AUGGCAAUAAUCGUUCGGUUCUUACACAUUUUUGAGUCACCGUCAGUGCCGGAGGUGACCUUACUGGAAAAAGCCGAUCGUCCAACUAUGAAAAAUCUCAUCAAAGGUCUCGAUAUAUUAAAUGAACCGUAUCGCCCGCCCGGCCUCUGGGGUCGUUCCGGCCAUCUGCAGACGGUUGCCUACGGCCUUCUGGGACAUGCGUCGCUUCGGCGCACGUUCGAUCGUCGAGCUUCCAUCCAUUGCAGUGACGGCAGCACCGUCCUGUUCGACAUUUUCGAACCGAUCAGUAGCCAUGAGAGUGGACUGGACAUCACUCUUGCUCUCACUCCGGGCAUCGCCAACACAAGUGAAAGUAACUAUGUCCGUACAUGUGUGCACUACGCGCAAGAGCGAGGUACUGAGGAAUUGAGAGCGAUGAUGAAUCAGCUGUUUAACGACUAUCCUCACUCGUAUUUUAUUAACAUCGGAUUUUCGAUGGGUGGCAAUAUCACGACACGAUUUCUUAUCGAAGCAUCCAACAAGCAAAAAAGACGAAUUCUGAUGGGCUUGAGUGUGUGUCAAGGGUAUUCGGCGUCGAUUUCAGCGCCAAUGUAUCAUGACUGGGAGAACGGACGUCGAAUCUAUAACUAUUUCAUAACGGAAAAUAUGAAACGUCUUCUACGUAGGAACUACGACCAGGCCGUUGCACCACACGUCGCCAAAGGGCUCAUUGAUGAACAGCGUCUUUGGUCGACGACAUCGAUCGUGGCGUUUGACGAGAACUACAAUCGUCGAGUAGCUGGUUUUUCAACCGUGGAAGCGUUCUAUGAAUGGUGUGACUGUCUUCCACAUCUACCGAAACUCUGCGUGCCAAUGAUAUUUCUGAAUGCCGAAGACGAUCCUAUAAUUCCGAGAUCACUGUGGAAACCUGUGAAGGAAUUCGCUUCCCGUUUCGAAGAUGUGGCGUUCAUAUUGACGAGACAUGGAGGUCACUUGGGAUUCCUAGAAGGCGGUUCCUUUGCGCCAAACUCGAUUACCUGGCUCGAUCGGUUUAUCGUUGAUAUGGCGGACAAAGCCGUUAUGCUCUACACUUCAUAG